CUCAGCAUAAACACCACCUCCCCAGUCCCUACAUCUCUCUCUCGAAAAUGGAACGCGCAAACCCCUGCGGUUUUCUCGUGAUGUGUGCCAUCCUGGCCGCCCAUUUGAUACUCUGCUCAUCCUCACCCGUCGAGUCCUUUGGUGGUGGUGACCACCGCCAGCUGGGCUUCUUCCCGAUGAAAUCCGAGUGCCGCGGCUCGAUCGCCGAGUGCCUGAUGUCCGGCGGCUACGAGGAAUUGGACUCGGAGUUCGCGAUGGAUUCGGAGAGCAACCGCCGCAUUCUAGCCACGAAGCAGUACAUAAGCUACGGUGCCCUGAGGAGGAACAGUGUGCCCUGCUCUCGACGUGGCGCUUCCUACUACAAUUGCCGACCCGGAGCACAGGCCAAUCCCUACCGUCGCGGAUGCAGUGCCAUCACUCGCUGCAGACGCUAAUUUUUCUACUCUAUUUUUUUUCUUUAAUUUUUCAGUUUGACUCCCCUUUUUAGCCUUUUAUUUUCCCUUAUAUAUAUGUGUGUGGGUUUGGAUGGGAUUUGUGUAUUACUAUUACACUUAACGAAGUGAUUUGAAUAA